UCCCUGCCUUUCUGUUUAUGUAUUGAUGCUAGGUUCACACAGAAAAAAAAGGCUUCAGUACUGAGCAAUCAGUGCUUAUAUUAAUACGUCUCACCCUGGUGACUAACCUGACUUCUGGGUAUAUAAGAGGUAGAACAAAGGGUUCACACUACAGUAUUUCUCAUAAGCUGCCAAUAGCCAUCACUUGCUUGGGAAGGAGCAGAUCACAGGCAGACAAGCAGCAAAGAUGUGUUUUGGCAGAUGUGCGAGAUGCAUUGGCACUAAUCUUCUCAUUCUGGCAAUCUUAUGCAUUGCGGCAAACAUCUUGCUAUAUUUUCCCAAUGGAGAAACAAAAUAUGCUCAUGAUAACCAUCUGUCUAAAUACGUCUGGUAUUUCCAUGGCAUUGGAGGAGCUGGAAUUCUUAUGUUGCUUCCCGCAUUUGUGUUCAUGGGGCUGGAUGGAGAGGAUUGCUGCGGGUGUUGUGGCAAUAUCACCUGUGGGAGAAGCUGUGCAAUGCUGGGAUCAGUUGUGGCGGCCAUAAUCGGAGUGGCUGGUGCCGGUUACUGCCUCAUCAUCUCUGCACUGGCAUUAGCGGAAGGACCUUCUUGUCUGAAAGAUGGAAACUGGAAUUAUAUAUUUGAAAAUAGCAGUGCACACUAUUUGACUGAUUAUUCUAGUUGGUCACAAUGCGAAGAACCACAUAAUGUUGUUGUCUGGAAUGUCACUCUAUUCUCCAUCCUUUUGGGUCUGGCUGCAAUCGAGAUCAUUUUAUGUGUAAUCCAGGUCAUCAACGGUUUAAUCGGUGGUAUAUGUGGGGCUUGCUGCGGCGAACAGAAAAGCCAGUCAUACGUUUGCUGAUGAGGUUUCCCAGAAUAGGUGGACAUGAAGAAUUGCAAUUUAUUUUGGCUAUUUAACUUGUAAAUGUAAUUGUACAGAAAACUGUAUUUAACUUUUUUUUCUGGGAGAUGUAAAAAAUUAACUUUUAUAUUAAAACUGCACUACCACCUGUGGAAAAGAUUUUAUUUAUGUGCCCCAGCUUCUGGCUGGAGCUGUUUUUAGCAAGGGUUUGCCAGUUUUGUAAUAAGCCAAUCAACACAGUUUGCCACUUAAAACUGGCGGCAGAGGGGGAUUGUUAGUGGAGGACCAAUCACAAGCUGUCAUCACUUGAUGAUGGCUUGUAAUUGAUCCUCCCAAUCACUCACCACCCUGCCCAGUUUAUGGCUAGGCUGUAAGAGGAGCCCCAAUAGUAAUGGCUGCAUGUACUGUACUGUAGUUCCCUUUUUCUGACUAGUGGAAUGGGCACAUUAGUAAAAUCAUUUUCAUAGGAAUUAUAGGAGGUUGUACCAUUAUUACUAACUCUUGUUAAGAUUGUAAGAAUGCACUGAAAAUACAAUAGAAACAACUUUAUAAUACCUCCAUAACACUGUAUGAUACUGAAUGUACAGUACUUAAAGUACUGAUAAACUUUGUAAUAUUAACAAAGACACAUGUAUGUAAGAUUAGUAAAAGUGUUUAUGAUUUUUAUACGUUCUGUUAUUAAACAUAUUACAAUA